AUGGACUGCAAGUUUCUGGGCUUGGACGACGCUCUUCUGGAGCAAUUCAUUUAUGGUCUCCUCGACCUGAACCUCCACCGGCGCAUCCUCUCACGAACUGAGUUGUCCAUGAAAAUCGCCGUGGAUGAGGACAGGGCGUACAAAAUGGCCGGCCAGUCCACGCCGGAUCUUCACCGGUUCCCGCCCUCUGUCAUGGCUCUCUUCCUCCUUCGUCCUUCCAGUGCCAGGUGUCCCACGAAGAGCCUCAGUCCGACUUCGAUGCCUCCGUCAACCGGCUGCGCUCUCUUUCCUUCAAGGACGCCGGGGCCUGUCUCAGCUGCGGUGGCUGCCACCAGUGUUCCUCCUGCCGUUUCUGAGCCGCGCUCUGCCGCCAAUGCGGUUGCCAUCACUGGCAUUAACUCCCUCCAGCUGGCUUCCGACAUCGACCUGCUAGUGUCAGAGUUCGCUGAUGUAUUCAGCGAGGCCCUGGGUUGCUACAAAGGCACUCCAAUCUCCCUAAACCUCGACCCCCUGGUAGUCCCCAUUCGCCUCAAAGCCCACAGAGUGCCAUUGGCGCUGCGGGCUAAGGUUGACGCUGAGCUAGACAAGCUCAUCUCCCAGGGCAUCCUCGAGCCCAUGGACCACGCCCCUUGGGAGACCCCUAUUGUACUUCCCCUUAAGUCAGACGGCUCCCUGAGGGUCUGUGCCGACUACAAGGCCACUGUCAAUAAGGCACUACAGGCCCAUCCCUACCCCGUCCCCGUCGUCCAGCAUGUGCUGCAUUCUUUGGGCCAGGGCAAGAUUUUCGCAAAAUUGGACCUGGCCCAAGCGUAUCAGCAACUGCCUGUGGACGAUGCCACUGCCACCACCACGACAAUCAUAACACACCGGGGGGCGUUCCGCUGUACGUGCCUCCAGUUUGGCAUCAGCGUCGCCCCCAGUCUCUUCCAGGGACUCAUGGAGCGCCUGCUCUAUGGGAUCCCUGGUGUGACGCCAUACUUCAAUGACGUCCUGAUUGCCGCCCCGGACCAAUCAGGACUCAUCUCCACCCUACGAGCCGUCCUUUCCCAUUUCUGCGCCGCAGGUCUCCACCUGAAGCGCUCCAAAUGCUGCCUUGGUUCCCACUCAUCCACCGUCAAUUUCCUCAGCUUCCAUGUGGAUGGCCAAGGCAUCCACCCCUCGCCUGCUAAGAUAGAAGCCAUCACAAAUGUCCCCACCCCUUCUAGCAAGGCGGAGUUACAGGCCUUUCUGGGGUUGUUAAACUUCUACGCCACCUUCAUCCCCCAUAAGGCCUCGUACGGCGAGCGCCUGCCCCUCCUCCUCGCCUGCGAUGUCUCCCCUUAUGGCAUGGGUACUGUUUUGAGCCACUCCUUCCCGGAUGGCUCUGAGGCACCCAUCACCUACUAUUCACGCACCUUGUCCAGGGCUGAACGGAAUUACAGCCACCUGGACAAGGAAGCUCUUGUGUCCAUAGCUGGAGUCAAGAGAUUCCACAACUACCUCUAUGGCCGCCCCUUCACCCUCCUAACCAACCAUAAGCCCCUCUUUGGCAUCCUGGCGGGAGAUCGUGCCACCCCACGCAUCCUCUCACCACGCAUGUCCCGCUGGUCUGAGUUUCUUUCCGCCUAUGCUUACCGGCUGCAAUACCAGCCAGGCAAGCAUAUGGGCCACAUGGACGCCUUAAGCAGGUGUCUGCUGCCCCUCACGCUCUCUGACCCCGCCCCCUCCAUAGCCUCCGGCGUUUUCCUGAUCAACAACCUGGCACUGCCACUCUCCGCCUCGGACAUCACCACCUCCACCGCCUCCGACCUGCUCCUCUCCCGCGUCUUAGACGCUGUUCGCCGGGGCUGGACGGCGGAUUCUCAGGCUCCCAAGUUCCUGCUGUUCCUCGGCCGCCCCACCGAACUCUCCGUCCUCCAGGGAUGCCUCCUCUGGGGUUCCCGAGUAGUCAUGCCGCCUGCUCUGCGCCAGCUGGUGCUCCGUCGGCUCCAUGAGGGUCACCCAGGAAUCGUCUGCAUGAAGGCCCUCGGCCGCGGAUAUGUCUGGUGGCCCUCCAUGGACGCCGACAUCACUGGCUGGGUGCAGCGGUGCCCAUCCUGCCAGGCUGUUCAUCCCGUCGCACCCUCCUCCCCUCCCCAGGAAUGGGAAACCCCCUCCUCCCCCUGGAGCCGCCUACAAGCGGACUUCUUCGGCCCCAUCGAUGGCCGCUCCUUCCUGCUCGUUGUAGAUGCCCUCUCGAAGUGGGUGGAAGUCAUCCACCUGUGCUCCGUCACCUCAGCUGCCACUAUCCACGCCCUGGAGUGCCUUUUCUCCACCCACGGCCUCCCUGAUACAUUGGUGACCGACAAUGGCCCCCAAUUCUCCUCCACUGAACUCCGCCUCUACCUCGCCAGCCUGGGAAUCCGCCAUGCCCCAGUGGCUCCCUACCAUCCCGCCAGCAACGGCAUGGCGGAGUGUGCUGUUCGCUCCGCCAAGGAGAGCCUGGCCCGCCUAAGCCCCUUGCCCUGGCCGACCUGCCUGUGCACCUAUCUACGAGCCCAGCACUCCACCCCCUGUGCCGCCACCGGGAAAUCCCCUGCCAAGGUUCUCAUGGGCCGUCGCCUCCACAUCACCCUGGACCGGCUGCACCCCCACUUCUCUCCCCUCUCCAUUUCCCUGGAGUCCACCCCCAGGGCUUUCCGAGUGGGGGAGGAGGUCUACGCCCAAAAUUACUUGAGCGAGCCAAAGUGGGUUCUGGCCGUGGUUCAGGAACUAACGGGACCCUGUUCCUACAGGGUCCAACUUGCCGACUGA